ACGAUCUUAAUUUGAUACUAGUAUGGGAUGUUCUCUGUGGCAACGCAAGAUGAUAAGGAUUUCGAGUGUGAACCGGUAUCUUAAGCUAUGAUACUAUCGGAAAAACAUGCGGCAAUGUUGUGGUGGGCUUCCAACUGGUUGAUGUUUCGCAGCUGAUUACUGACAGUAAUCUCGGCGUUUGGAAGCUUGUUUUAUAUUUCAAGGAACCAAAAUAAUUCAGGUGAACAGUCUAAAUAUUUACAAGGAGAAACCAAUAGAAAAGCAGCAAACAUUUUAGUCAAGAAGACCCUGACUGAAACUAGUGGAAGCUUAAAAACAUAAGGAUAUCAUUUCUGCAGCAGAUCAGAAAAGACAGGAAAUGCCAAAGACUCCUGCGUGACUGUGUGUGUAUACUAUGGCUCACAAUCAAAGGUCAGAACUGACAUCUGAGAAAUUAAGACAUCAGUAUGAGGGCCAGUUGAAUAAGUAUACAAAUGUUGUUAAAGGAUGGCAGUAUCGAUGGUUUGUUUUGAAUCCAGAAAGUGGCACACUGAAUUAUUAUUUGAAUGAAACUGAAAAAAGACAGAGACCAAGGGGCUCAGUUCACCUCGCUGCAGCUGUUAUAUCACCAAGUGAUGAAGACAGUAACACUUUCACUGUCAAUUCAGCUAGUGGUGAAAUGUUCAAGCUGAGGGCAGCAGAUGCAAGAUCACGGCAAGAAUGGGUUAAUAGGAUACGUGCUGUAGCUGAAAUGCAUACAAUGGCUAUAGCUCAGAGUAAUCCACCAUUACCACCACGGGAGCACAUUUCCCUUAUACAUGCUCCAGCACCUGUUUCACAAGUGCAGUACUCUCUAGAGCUGCUUGAUGCAUUUGCUACGGUGCGUGAUCACAUACAUCGUGCAGAACAGUCUUGUCAGCUUAUGAGCCAGGAAAUUGAGGAGCUACCAGCUUCAGGGGCCCUGAGACACAAUGAUGAAAUGUUAUUACUCCUGAAAGCAACAAGUGUAGCAACAGUGAGCUGCUUACGUCAGUGCCUUUCAAUUCUGGAGCAGCAGCAGGCUGCUGCUUCCAUUGCAGCCAAUAACUCGAAGAGGCAUCCACCUCCAAAUCGACCAAACAAUUCUCAUUUUGUGUCGUAUGCAGAAAUCAGCACAAACAAAAUAACAGUGCCAGGUGCAAAUAGUGGUGCCUUAACAUCAGUCUCUACAACUUCAUUGGAAAGCAAUACCAGCAGGUCUGGUACAAGUGCUUCAUCUCUGCCAGACUGUGUACCAUAUAGACAGACGGGCUUCAUAUCAUACCUGGAAGCACCAGAUGAGAAGGAAGGUGCACCUGAAACACAACCAUGGCCCACAAAUUUAUCACCACCACCAUCACCACCACCAUCACCAACAUCUGUCGAUGCUUCAUUAGAUGAUUAUAAUCCAGAUGAGGAAGUUACUGAUAAUGAAGAUCUAAGUGAUGGUGAUCAAGAUGACACUGAAGAACACAAAUCUGUUAUUUUGCAUUUGUUGUCGCAGCUGAAACUCGGAAUGGACCUAACACGAGUAGUUCUCCCCACUUUCAUCUUAGAACGGCGUUCCCUUCUUGAAAUGUUUGCUGACUGCAUGGGGCACACAGCUGAAUUUGUAAGGAUUCCUGAUGCAGAUACUCCAGAAGCAAGAAUGCUUGCUGUUUUGGAGUGGUACUUAACUUCAUUUCAUAUGGGCCGUAGAAGCCCUGUCGCAAAGAAGCCGUAUAAUCCAAUUAUUGGUGAAAUAUUCAGAUGCUCAUGGCGGCUUGUGCUCCCAGUAGAUGAAAAACAAACAACAGACAACUCAUGCAAUGAAAUAACAGUUACAUAUAUAGCAGAGCAAGUGUCACAUCAUCCUCCUGUCACUGCAUUCUAUGUUGAAUGCCCAUCUAAAAACAUAUGCCUAAAUGCAUCUAUAUGGACCAAAUCCAACUUCUCAGGCAUGUCAAUAGGAGCAAAUAUGAUUGGAGAGAUAAAUCUUUACCUAGGCGUGCAUAAGGAAAAAUAUACAUUUUCACUGCCAGCUGUAUAUGCACGGUCUAUACUCUCUGUACCUUGGGUUGAACUGGGUGGCAAAGUAACUCUAACUUCCAGCUCUGGCUUCUCAGCCAACAUCAUUUUCCAUACAAAGCCUUUUUAUGGUGGAAAAGUAAAUGCUGUAACAUCAGAUGUAAAGAAUGAAACUGGAACUAUCAUAUGCAAGAUACAGGGAGAAUGGAACAGCCAUUUUGAAUUUACUUAUCCUAAUGCAGCAACCAAAAUAAUUGAAGUGAACAGCUUAGACAUAUAUAAGAAGAGGGUACGACCAAUAGAAAAGCAGGCAACAUUUGAGUCAAGAAGAAUGUGGCUGAAAGUAACAGAAGCUUUAAAAAAUAAGGAUAUCAUUGCUGCAACGGCUCACAAGAGACAGUUGGAGGAACGGCAGCGAGAAGGAGAACGGAGGCGGAGUGAACAGGGAGAGUCUUUUCCUACUUCUUUCUUCCACCAGAUCAACCAGUCUUGGGUGUAUAACAAUACCCUGUGUAAACUGUGAAAGUACUGCCAAAAAUUCCAUGGUGCAAACAGCUGUGUGUGGAACUUAAGACUGAAUGCUAUAACUACACAACUUGAAACAACGAACCUAAUUUAACAUAUCACUUGGAACAUAUGUCAUUGUUGGUUUCAAGCGAAAUCAAUGGAGAAGAACUGCAGUAUAACUAUAAGAAAGAGUUUUCCCUGUGUUGGCUAUAAAAUUUAUAACAUCUUAAUUCUGUUAAUAGUUUUGGAAUUGCUAACAAAUCAAUAAUUUAAUUAUUCAUUACUACAGCGACAUAAGUAUUGCAUUCUACACUGUACUUAUUUUAACUGGUACUAAUACAGAUGGUGUGUGUGUGUGUGUGUGUGUGUGUGUGUGUGU